AAGAGCACCUUUGGGAUACCUUGUCCACAUUCUAAAAUAAUAGUUUUCUUAUAUUUGAUUGGCUCUCCCAUAAAUGCAAACAUGGCCUUUGACAUUCUUUCUGUUUCUUUCACAAUUACAGUACCGUGCAUUGAUAUUUGAAUUUGUUCAUAUGGAUUGAUUGCGGUGAUACAUGAUCGCAUACCCAACCUGCAGAAUUGUGUUUGUCUGCAGGGUGAAUUUCAGCACUUUGAUCACAGAAAUGAGUGGAAUCUUGCUUGUACUUCCACUGAAGAGGCUGCCAGAGGCUCUACUAACCUGGACAUCCUCCCAAUGUAGAGGAGGAGGAGUUGGAGGAAGAGGAGGAAUAUACUUUAUCAACGAAUCAGUUGAUCACAUUAAAGAAGGAGCAUCAGCCACUAUCAUUUUGAUUUUUUGAAAUCUCAUAAUAUAGCAGUGAUAUAUUAAUAUAUAUAAUAUAUAUAGGUUAAUGAGAAGUGGUAGCUCAGUGGCUAACACACUGAGCUUGGCAAUCGAAAGAUCGGCAGUUCAGCGGUUUGAAUACCUAGUGCCGCAUAAACAGGAACUUGUCUCUACUUGAAGACACUUGGACGUAUCCAGCAAAAUCCCAUCUGAUUUUGAAGAAGCAACUCUUCUAUUACCGAAGUUCUUCAUUGAAGAAGAAAUUAGACCACUGAAGAUCUACUUAGUCCUCAUGCAUUCCAACAGCUGUUUUACCUCUCUGUUCUCCUUUACUGGCCCUGCUGUGAAGAGGCUGUUGGGCUGGAAGCAAGGAGACGAGGAGGAAAAGUGGGCUGAAAUGGCAGUGGAUUCCUUGGUGAAGAAGCUGAUGAAGAGAAGGGGUGCCUUGCAGGAACUGGAAAGAGCCCUCAGCUGUCCUGGGCAGCCCAGCAAGUGUGUGACUAUCCCCCACUCUUUGGAUGGGAGGAUGCAGGUCUUCCACCGCAAAGGAUACCCGCAUGUCAUCUACUGCCGUGUAUGGCGCUGGCCUGACCUGCAGUCUCAGCAUGAAUUGAAACCUCUAGCCUGCUGUGAAUUCCCCUUUGGUUCUAAGCAAAAGGAUGUCUGCAUCAACCCUUACCAUUAUCAAAGGGUGGAAGCCCCAGUGUUGCCUCCAGUGUUGGUUCCAAGACAAAGUGAAUUCAACUCACAGUUCAGUCUCCUUACCCCCUUCCAAAAUGUGUCUCUUGAGAGUGAGCAACAGAUGUCCAACAGUGCAACUCAUCCUGAUCUUCACUCUGCAAUGCAGCCUCCCUGCACCCCUUUCCCAGCAUCUCACAAUAUGCACACUGCAUCAACAAGCAGCAUGGGCUAUUCGGUGACCCCAGGAAGUGCAGCUGCCCCGGAAAGGCCUUCUGAGCUCACAGCUGCCACAUCUCUUCCGCCUUCUAAUGCCAAAGAGAUGCCACGAAAGCCCAAUGAAUGCCCUGCACAGGAAGUCCCAGGCAGUUCAUCAACACCACCAUUGCCCAGUGGAGGUAAAGCUGGAGAACCUGGAGAUGUCCAACCUGUGAGCUAUGAGGAACCAGAUCAGUGGUGCUCAAUUGCCUAUUACGAACUCAAUAAGAGAGUAGGAGAGACUUUUCAGGCCUUUUCUCGAAGUAUACUAAUAGAUGGCUUUACAGAUCCUUCAAACAACGACCGCUUCUGCCUUGGAUUGCUCUCCAAUAUUAACAGGAAUUAUUCCAUAGAAAACACCCGAAACCACAUCGGAAAAGGUAAUUGCAAAGAAACACUGCUGGGAAAUGGUUCAGUUCAAAACUUGACAUCAAUACCUGGGAAAAUCCUGGAAAAGAUAAUCAAGCAGUGGAUUUAUGAACAUCUAGAAGGGAAACGGGUAAUCAUUAGAAGCCAGCAUAUGGUUAUUAAAACCAGAUCAUGCCAAACAAGCUUUGUGGCCUUCUUUGAUAAAGCGAUUGAAUCAAUGCAUCAAGGAAAUGCUGUGGAUAUAGUAUACUUGGAUUUUAGUAAGGCAUUUGACAAAGUAGACCACAGCCUAUUUCUUGAUAAGACAGAACAAUGUGGGAUAGACAGUACCACCAUCAGUUGGAUUCACAGCUGGCUGAGCAAAUGCAUCAACAUGUAGUCCUCGCUGGAACUAUAUCUAUAUGGAGGGAAACAUGCAGUGGGGUACCUCAAUGUUUUGUCUUGGGCCUUGUGCUCUUUAACAUCUUCAUAAAUGAUCUAGACAACAGGACAAAAGGGGAACUCAUCAGAUUUAAAGAUGACACCAAACUUGGGGGGGAGGAGAGGGAAUUGCCAACAGUUUGGAAGAUAGACUCAAGAUUCAGAGGAAUCUUGACUUGAGCAUUUGGCCCUGUCAGUUCAAUGGUGAGAAAAAUAAGGUCCUGCACUUAGGCAGGAAAAACCAAAUGCACAGGCAUAGAAUAGCGGUACCUGGCUCAGCAGUAGUAAUGGAGAAAAAGAUACAGAAGUCCUAAUGGAACACUUAAGUAUGUGCCAGCAGUGUCUGCGGCUACCAAAAAGCCGAUGCAGUCCUAGGAUGGAUCAAGAGGGAUAGCAUCGAGAUCAUAUCAGGUGAUUGUAAUGGUUUUUUCUGCACAGGUGAGAUCACACUUGGAAUACUGUGUCCAAUUCUGGUCACCAUGAUAUAAAAAAGAUGCUGAGACUAGAAAGAGUGCAGAGAAAAGCAACAAAAAUGAUAAGGGGUCUGGAGACUAAGAGAACUAGGUGUUUUUAGCCUAACCAAGAGAAGGUUUAAGGGAGACGUGAUGGCAGUCCUCCAAUACUUGAAAGGCUGUUCCAGGGAAGAGGGCAUGGAUUUAUUCUCCAAAGCACCUGAGGAUAAGACAAGAAGCAAUGAAUGGAAACUUAUCAGUUGAAGAUUUGACCUGGAAUUAAGGAGAAAUUUCCUGAUAGAACAAUUAGCCAAUGGACAGCUUGCCUUCCAGAGUUGUAGAUGCUCCAUCACGGGAGGUUUUCAAGAAAAGAUUGCACAGCCAUUUGUCCAGGAUGGGAUAAGGUCUCCUGUCUUGGGAAGGGAGUUGGGUUACAAGAUCUCCAAGAUUAUUUCCAGCCCUAUGAUUCAGGAACCCUGUUCCUAAGCCCUGUUCAUGAUUUAGGAAGUCUGUUCCUAAAAUGUAAACAUUAUUAUUUGUUAAUUUUUAUUUUUUAAGUAGUUAUAAGAAUGAAUGCACAGCCUUUCUAUUUGACAACAUAAAAAAUAUGAAAUAUAAGAGAAAGUCAAUAUAAUUUUAAAAUUUAUCGUUCAUUCAUGUUACAUUAUGUUAUAUUCACUUUAUGACCAGGAUGACUUACAAUGAAAAUUUUGGUCCCAAGUUGAAGAUUACCUAUACAGUAAUUUUCUGAGUAACAAAAUAUAUAUGGUUUAAUAUUGUCGUUAUAGAAC